AACUUCCUAUGAAAGCACGACACACUGAAUAGAGGAGGUUAUUAUUUUUUUUCGCAAAUCUGGCUCGUGUCUUUGUAGAGAUCUAAAUAUCCCAGUGUAUAAGAAACCCGCUCGAAGUUGAAUGAAAGAGAAAAAAUGGUUGGCGGAACGGCGUUAGAGGAAAUGAACACCUCGGCCGAAGACACGGUUAGCCUCAUUCGGCAUGAUGGAGAACAGAGUGAUCCUAUAAGCAGUGGUUAUAACCUGCACAGAAAGCGUAACAGAGGGAGGGAGGUCCGUAUGAUCAUAGUUGCUUGUCUAGUGUUUGGCAUUGCUGUGACUGCAGCUCUUAUUGUGGAUAUCUAUACUGGUCAUCACCAUACAGGUCAUGCUGCUGUGGUGUCAGAUGUUAAAGAAUGUGCUGAUGUGGGUUUGGAUCUGAUCAAGAAAGGAGGCUCUGCUACUGAUGCUGCUAUAGGAGCCAUGUUAUGUGUUGGAGUGAUGAAUCCAGAAAGUUCAGGGCUCGGAGGUGGUGGCUUCAUGCUGACUGUAGUUCCCAAGAAGGACAAAGAAGAAGCAGAAGUGAUUGAUUUCAGAGAAGUUGCACCACAAGCAGCCACUAAAGACAUGUUUAAAGGAAAUGGAUCACUUGUGAGAUGGGGUGGGUUGUCAGUUGCUGUGCCAGGUGAAAUAAAAGGAUUUGAAUUGGCACACAAGAAGUCUGGAAAGUUAAAGUGGUCAGAAGUUUUUGAACCUGCCAUUAAACUAGCCAAAGAAGGUUUUAAGGUGACUGCUCACACAGGAAGAGUUCUAAGGAAUUUGCCAAAGGAAUCCCUUAGUACUAAACUAAAAGAAAUGAUUUUGGACCCACAAGGGAAGCCUUUGAAGGAAGGAGAUAUAAUGAGAAAUCCAGCUUUGGCAGAGACAUUACAAAACAUAGCAGACCAUGGGGCUGAUGUUUUGUACAGAGGACCCAUUGCAGAAAAAAUAGUGGCUGCGGUCACAUCAGCAAAUGGAAUCCUAACCAGUAAAGAUUUGUCAGACUACAAGCCUCUUAGCAAAGCUGUCAUUAAUUCAACAUAUCUUGGUUAUCAGGUGAUAACAACACCUUUACCUUCUGGGGGACCUGUUUUAGUGUCAUUGCUAAAUAUCCUUGAAGGAUUUAAUUUCACCAACAAAGAUCAAGGAAAAAGCCGCUCAUACCACUACAUUAUAGAGGCCAUAAAGUUUGCUUUUGCCCAGAGGUCAUUGCUUGAGGAUGGCAAUGUCACAAAAAUUGUUAACCAAAUGUUAAGCAAAGAACAUGCGAAAUCCCUCAGAGAGAAAAUCUCACCCAACAAAACCUUCAAUGAAUCUUAUUAUGGGCCAAUGUUUGGCCAAGCAGAGUCACAUGGUACUGCGCACGUGUCUGUUAUAGGACCCGAUGGUGAACUCGUGAGUGUUACCAGCUCAAUAAAUGAAUAUUUUGGUUCGGGCAUCAUGACAGAGAACGGAAUUAUUUUAAACAAUGAGAUGGCAGACUUUUCAAUUCCUGGAGUCACGAAGGUUGGCUGGGAUGGGCCACCCAAGGCUAACUUUAUUGUGCCAGGAAGGCGUCCUCUCUCGUCCUGUGUGCCAACUGUUGUUCUUCAUAAGGAGAAACGUUGUUGGUUCCGCAUGUCACUGGGGGCUUCUGGUGGAAUGUACAUAACGCCUUCGGUAGCUGAAGUUUUGGUUAGCUAUCUCGCCUUUAAUAUGUCGUUGAAGAAUUCCAUUGAAAGACCAAGAGUAUUCUUUAAUAUAAACACUGGCACUCCAGAAAUUGAAGCUGACAAAUUCGAAGACAAGGAAGUGGCCUCUAGUAUAAAGAAGGAUCUUCGCAACAUGGGUCAUGAUAUCUCGCAGAGGCCUGCACUAACGGAUGUAAAUGGAUUAUCAUAUUUUAAAGAAAACGUUUCAGCGCAUGCUGACAGCAGAAGGGGGGGCGAAGGAAGUGCUCAGUUUUAACUUUGGAAUUUAGUGGCUCUGCUCUGGUGUUAAUUUAACUCCAAGAAAUUAUUUAUUCUGUCACUAAAGUAAUGUAAUGGGUGCAUGUUUAGGGGAAAUAAAUGUGUAAUAGUGGUUUAAAAGGUUGCCGCUCGCAUCCAGGAAAGGCUGGUUUUCGCUUGAGCAUAAACACAAGCCAAGACACGCGCGAAAAGUUAGGAAAAUGACCAAGAAGAACAAUCUUGUUUCAGUUUUAUGUUCAUGGUUACGUUUGUGUUACUUUCGCUGUCCGGCGUGAUCUCGGUGCUAGGGUUCAUUGCUGAGGCGUUCUAAUUGUAGUUGGUUUACUUAACUCAACCACUCAGAUUCAAAACUUAAACCAAUCACGACUUGGUCACUCGUGUUUUCAUUUCAUGUUUCUUUCUUUUGAUUGGCUGCAGUGAUUACUUUUGGUUUGGUUCCAAGAACUUUCUCAACUGGAAUUCUCUCAAGCAUGACAGGCUGUUUUUACCUUCCGGUUUUGGACGGACUGAGAAAAAAAUUAACCGCUGUUCAUUUCCAUUCACCGUUUUCUUUGUCUCUCCUCGCUCUUUUGUGUUCGUAAUGAUGCGCCAGUGAAAAUCGGACUGAAACAAAAUCUGUCAUUAGAGACUUCUUCAGACUAGACUGUAAAUAGUACUUUGAAGGUGGGAAUGUACCUUUUUAUGUAAUAGUAAGGUUGUAAUAAAGGUGUUACUCUCCA